AUGCAUUCACUAGCAACCAUCUUACUGUUUGUUCAAGGGGGCAUCGCUUGGAAGCUUCCCCACUCAGCACUCGGCAACUUUGAGGCUCCUCAUGGCAAUCAAAUACCGGUCAGCCUUAUAGACGACGAUGAAACCAAUCCAUUCGGCGCAAGUUCGUUUGCUGGACUGAGAACAUUCGCGAACCUCCCGUUCAUAGACUGCUUUUCCGACCAGAGCACCAAGGAUCACAAGUAUGACAUUGCCGUAUUCGGGGCCCCUCAUGACACUGUUAGUACCGUAGUUCUUACUCCCAGGACAACCACUGGUCGCCCAGGGGCACGUUUUGGGCCACCAGCUAUUCGUACGGGCAGCCAAAGGAAAAGCCUCGGGCAAUGGAGCGUUUACACAGGCAUGCCACUCCUCGGGAACGAGCACGUUGCGUCUUUGCCUCCUAACUCAUAUCAAAAUAGGUCGAGACCCAUUGCAAAGCUGGGCAACUGUGGUAGAUUGCGGGGAUGCCAGACUCACGUGGCUGGACAAUACAGUGUCUUUGAAGAGACUUGA